UUUUUUUUUUUUUUUGCUUUUUUGGUUUCUUCUCUUUUCUUUAUAUAUAAAAUAAAUGUCAAAUAUUAAAGAACUUAAAUCUAAACUUCAAAAUAAUGGAUACUGUCAUCAAUGGAAAUUAUUAAAAACAAAAGAAAUCGAAACUAAAAGAAAUGAAUUUAAUGACCAAUACGUAGAAUUUGAUGAUAAAAUUAUAAGACAAACAACAAAACCAUUGUGUCAAAAUAUAGAUUUGAUUGUACCAUCAAAAAAUAGAACACCAAGUCAAAAGUUACAGCUUAAACAUUUUUUUAAUAUUAUUGGAACUGAAUUACACGAGCAGGAAUCGUGCUUCAUGAAACUUGAUGAUCAUCAUUUACAUCAAAUAGAAAAUACAGAUUCAGACCUUCGAGAGUUUGAAAGAAAUGAUGAAAAGAGACAAUUUCGUAUACAAGAAUUUAUAAAAACAGAACAAUCUUAUGUUGAUACCUUAAAGACAGUUGUAAAAUAUGUAGUCAAUCCACUUCGAAUUAAUAUGCAUCAAAAGAAUAGCAUCUUGAAUACAUUUAAAUGUCAAAAAAUAUUCUUAAAUAUUGAUCAAAUUAUGCAAGUCAACCGUGAUUUUUUAUCUGAUUUAUUAACUAUGAAGAAGAGUUCCAAUUUUGGUGAUUUAUGUAAAAAGCAUAUUAAUAAAUUUGAAUGUUAUCGAAAAUAUUUAUUAGAACAAGCAGAAGCACAAAAAUUGCAUGCCAACGAAUAUAAAACAAAUCAAAAUUAUAAACGAUUUAUAUCCAAAGUAAAAGAAGUACCCGAAUUUAAAAGAAAAAGAUUACAAGAUAUUCUUGUAGAACCAGUUCAACGUAUUAGUCGAUAUUCAAUGAUGUUGAGAGAUAUUCUUCAGUUGACACCGGAAGAGCAUCCUGAAUUCCGAGGUUUAAAAGCAGCAUGUGAAAAAGCGAGUGAAAUUGCAACCAUGGCUGAUGAUAAUGAAACUAAAAUAGUAUAUAAACUUUUAAAUUUACAUCAUUCUAUUAAAGAUUGUCCUUGUUCUUUAAUUAGUCAAAAACGAUCUAUAAUCGCUCAUUUAGAUGCUAUUGAAAUUCAUCGUGUGACAAAUAAACCGACUAGAGCAGUGUCUAUCUUUUUAUUUACAGAUAAAAUUUUAGUAGCCAGUCGUUCCUCAUUAGAUGCAAAAGAAAUUAAUCUUGAACACAUAUUAAACAAUAAUAAUAAUACACAUGUUAUUUCUCCAACACACAGUUCUAGUACAUCUUUAUUAUUUUCAUCCAAUCAUCAUCCUUAUAAAAUGGAUAAACAUCUAAUGAAAUUUAAAGGUUGGGCAGAUAUUGAAAGUAUAGAAUUAUUUGAAGGUGUUCCAGAACGCCCAGGAUCUUUUAUUUUAUCCACUACAUCAGCCCAAGAAUUAGCAAGAGAUGAAGUAUCUAAUAUUACAACACAUGAAAAAUACUUUUAUAAAGGACCACGGCUAUUUACCGUCAUACCCACACGAGAUGAAUAUUCAAUGUCAAAGUCAAAGAGGACAGAUUAUAUUGAAAGGAUGAUGAAGUUUAGAGAAGAAUUUCAAAAGACAAGGGCACUGAUGAAAAGAUAUGAUACAGAAGAUAAAGCUUAUUAUAGAACUUGGAAUGGAGUACCUAUUUAUUGUAAUAUUUACAGUCAAGAGAGUUAUACAAAAGCAAGAUAUAAAAAUGAUUGUACGAUUGUUUAUAUGGAAAAUGAUUUAAUAAUUGAACCUGAAGAUCUAUUUUCGACGCGAUCUUCUCUUUAUAAUCCUUGGAUAGUAGGUCUUAUACAACCAGAAGAAAUGAAAGGAUUUAGAUUUAAUAUUUGUACUCGAACUCCAUUUCCAACGUCUAUAGGAAAUAAAUCAAAUGAGCAAACAAUUGAUUUUGAGAGUAUCUUUUGGAACAAUUUAAUUUAUUUGAAUCAAUGUUUGAAAAGAUCUCAAGACUAUGUAACACAAUCUAUCCUUAAAAUUCAACAAGCAGCAAAUCAUUCUAUUAUAAAUCGUAGAAGUAGUCAUCGAUCAAAGAGUAAAUCUUUAUCAAGAACUUCAAGUAUACCCACUAUUGGAAAAUUAUUUCAUACCAACAAUGAUAGAUCAAGAUCUGUAUCUCCUUCAAAAAUGCUAGUAAAGACUUCAAGAUCUUCUCAAUCUAUUAUUUCUCCGAAAUGUGUCCCUGUUCAUUAUUCUUGGAGUGGAAGUAGUAGUUGUACAUCUUCAUCUCAAAAUGAUACAUAUCGACAUCAUAGUCCAUCUGUAACUACCUUGGCUUCCUCAUUUUGGUCAACUGCUUCCUCAUAUCAAUUAUCUCACAUGAAUGCUACAGAAGAGCAAUCCAACAUAACCACUGAUAAGGUAUAUACUAUUUAUAGACAAGAAUGAAGGAUACUUAUUUAUAAAAGUAAUAGAACUCUAUUUUACCAGCCCUUGUAAAUAAUAACAAACCUCAGCAAUUUAAGAAGAAUAGAGACACUACAAUUUCUUCUUUGGGCAGUAAUACAAGUACAAAAAGUACAUUCAGUAUGAUUGAGGACUUUGAAGAAGAAGAAGAAGAGGAAAUUAAUUAUAUGACACUAGAUGUUAAAAAGUCAAAAAAAGUGAAGGAAGAUUUAAAUCAAGUGGUUAUUUCACCCGUAUCUUCACCUGGCUUACCUACACCAGUACCAACACCACCUAAUCAUGAUGGUUUAAAUUCUAUCUUAUUAAAACCAAUAGUAGGUUUUGAAGAUGAAAUGCAACAACAAUGGAAACAAUUAGUUACUAAAUAUGAAUUAUUAGAUAAUGAAUUAAAAUCCAUUUAAAAACAAAAAAAAAAAAAAAAAAA